GUGGGUGUGGUCUCUUCUCAGAAGAGCCGGGGAGGGUUUUCAGGGGUGUGAGAGUGUAUUUAUGAACUCCACCCGGAAUUCCUGACUGUAUACCCACUGCUUCUACAGAGCAGCACCUGUGUGACACCAACUGCACAAAUACAGAUAUCAUGGAUCUUUCAGAUGCCCUCGACUUCCAACCGCAAAAUAAUCAGCAGGCAGGAGGCCCAGUAUGGCCCGGCCAACCAGCCAACCCCACCUGGCCUGGUCAGCCUGCUAACCCCACCUGGCCUGGUCAGCCUGCUAACCCCACCUGGCCGGGUCAGCCUGCUAACCCCACCUGGCCGGGUCAGCCUGCACAGCCAAACCAACCAGCAUGGCCUGGUCAGCCUGCACAGCCAAACCAACCAGCAUGGCCUGGGCAGCCUGGACAGCCAGGACAGCCUGGGCAGCCUACAGCUCCUGGGUGGCCUGGACCUGCACCACAAACAGGCCCUUAUGUUGCUCCUGGCCAAGCUCCAAGAGCACUAACUGUGCCAUUUGACCUGCCGCUACAAAGUGGAGCCUAUAACAAGAUGCUCAUCACCAUCAUUGGAGAGGUCAAACCUAACGCCAAACAUUUCACAGUUAAUUUAAACAGAGGCAACGACAUUGCGUUUCAUCUAAACCCCCGCUUCAAUGAAGGCGGAAGGCAAGUGAUUGUGCGAAACAGCAUGGUUGGAAACCAGUGGGGCAAAGAAGAGCGCGAGCUCCCCUCCUUCCCUUUUGUCCCAGGAAAGCCUUUUGAGCUGAAGAUCUUAUGCACUGACACUGAAUUCAAAGUGGCUGCGAACAAAUCGCACCUUCUGGAAUUCAAACAUCGGAUCCGUGACCUCAACCAGAUCAGAGCUCUUAGUAUCUUCAAUGACGUCACCCUCAACUCUGUUAAUGUGGAGACACUGCAGUGAAAUCAGAUUCUGUCAUGGACAAGUCUUUUGAGAUGUGGUGAUCUAUUCAACCACAUGUGCAAGUUAUUUUACAUCCAGUAAUCAUCUUUUUUUUUAAACACUGUGUGUGUCAGUAAGAGUUUAUAUUUACUACAGAUGUUAGAGUGAUAUAAAUUUGCAUGUAAAUCCUGUUUUUCUCAAUGCUGUAGUUAGCUUUGCCACCUCUAGGUGGGCCUGUUACUAUCCGGGAAGGGUUGUGAUGAGGGUCAAUGAUGGGGUCAAAAGAAAAUAAAAUAUGAGACAGAAAAUUAGCAAGAUUAGAUUUAUAUUGAUAUGCGAGAUCUAUGAAAUUGAAGUACCAUUGAUUCUACACUUGCAAAGUCCGCUACAUUUAUGAUGCUACUCAAUAAUGGUGGUGGUUAUAGAAUGGCCAAUCAAGAAUAGCGUGUAAUUAAUGUGAAAUUAGAAGCGGAAUAAAAUAGGAUUCUAUGAUUUGUAACCAGUGCUAAAAGAUGAUUUUUCUUGGUUUAAUGAUCCCAUGAUUAAAGAAACAAACAUAUGUAAA